AUGUCGUGGUUCUCACCCAGGACCCCAGUGGCCCCCCAGGACCUGUCACCUCGCGCUUCUCAGAAUCGGCAAAGGAGCAUCACGAAUAAGGUGAUCCGACUGGAGGUUUCAGAGACAGAAAACAUCCUGGGCAUUGUUCACGCUGAAACCAUCAAAGUCUCUGUGGAGGUCUACGAUGUUAAUCUGAGCAUCAACAUGCCUGAAGGUCCAGAUGGCAGCUUGGAAUUUGGAACCAUUAAUGUCCUUGAUAAUAAAAAGGAAGUCCUGAGUCUGCAGAACAAAGGCUUAUAUGACAUUGAGUACAGUUUCAAGCUGACCACUGGAAGUGCCAAGAGGGGCCACUUGGAAUCUCACUUCACUGUCCGGCCGCAGAGGGCUGUGCUGAAAGCCUCCCGGCCACCUGUGAAAGUUGAGGUCCUCUUCCACCCCACGACUGAAGUGUUUCUCGAGAGCAAACCCAUCCUGCUCUGCCAGGUCAUUGAUCUCAAAUGGGGUCAAGGAGGCGAGACCGUUUCCACCAUCCCAGUGAGGGUGUCGGCGAGAGCUGUGUACAGCAAGUACAGCAUCGAGCCUGCCUCGCCCAUCGACUUCGGUGCCGUGGUUAAGGGCACCAAGAAGAGCCAGGUCCUAAUUGUGGAGAACAAAGGUGCUCUUAACUUCAAAGUCCUCAUCCGCAAAGAGCUCUGCAUCAGUCUCCACACCAUGGAGGGGGUGAGGAGAAGGCCCAGGACUUUGGAGCGGCUGCUGUUCAGCACCUGA